ACAGAUAAACAAGCGCAGUGUCAAAGCCGCACAGUCUGUGGAGUGCAGAGAGAAGCAGAGAUGUCGUUAAAUCUGGAGGAUUACUUUCGCACAGUUUUCGAAGAGCAACUCUUAAUGGGAGAAGAUUUGGGACUGCACAUGCAGGGAGGCGAACUACGAGCCACACGCCUGCUGGACAAACAGAAGCAGCUCCAGCAGACAGACGAAGCCCUGAGAGCGCAACAGGAGGAGUUUGAAGUGAAGAGAGAGAGUUUCGGACAGAAGAGAGACACACUGAUGAGGAAAGAAGAAGAACUUAAGGAAUCUUUGCUCAAGUUUGAUAAGUUUUUCAAAGAGAGUGACACUAAAAGAGUGAGAGGAUGGGAGAAAGCUGAAGCAGAGAGAGCUUCUGUGGGAAUGAGACAUCAGGAGCUGCAGCACUUACACACAUACGUUGCCGCCCUGUUGGCCAGGAAGGAGCAACUGCAGGCCAGAGUUGACCGUGCUAGAAUCUACUGGGACUUCUUAGAUUCCGUCCUCAAGAAGUCUAAGAAGUUUGAGGACGCCAGGCAGCUCAUGGGUCACUUCUCCACUCUGGUGUCGAUGCGGGAGCAUCUGGAGAGGCGGCGUAGUGAGGUGGAGAACAGGCGUGUGAGCGAGGGCUCGCACCUACGCCACUACGUCCAAGAGCAAGACGCUCGUCUGCUGCAGUACAACAACACGCUGUCUCAGCUGCAGGCCCAGCUGGACGGUGUCCUGUCUCAGGCUCUCCGAUGGGAAUCUACAUGGAAUCACGUCCAGGCAACAGCUGCGAAAGAAACACUGAUCCUGGUUCAGAUAAAGGUUGUGACCCUUAACCUUUACCGCAUGACUGGAGGGGUCAUAGGUGGAGCUGAGGGUGUUGACGUGGAUGACACUCUGGAACAGCUGGAGAGGAUCCAUCUGUAUAUCCAGAACCGGGUGAAUGUUGUUAGUGAGCUCAGGUCAGACACCACUAACAGACCAUUUAAACAGAGUGACUGGGAAUGAAACUCCACAUCUGUGGGACCUGCACACAGACCUGGAGCUGCACACACACAGACCUGGACAUAUAUUGAAAGAUUUGCAUAUGUAUUAAAGACUUCUCUUCUAAAAAAAAAACUGGUCUUUUUUUGCUCACAAUCACUGGAUAUUCCAGCGGUAUGGCACACUGUCCACACACAAAUACAUACACAGCG